CCGCCCGCCGCCCGGGCCAUGGCGCGGCGCGGGCCUGGGGUCCGGCCGAGCUGACCCGCCGGCGGCUCGCGCGCCCCCCGGGGCCGCCCCCGCCCCCCGCCCGCCGGCGCCUGGCGCUCAGGAUGAUGAUGAAGAGGAAGAAGUUCAAGUUCAAGGUGGACUUCGAGCUGGACGAGCUCUCCUCCGUGCCCUUCGUCAACGGCGUCCUCUUCUGCAAGAUGCGGCUGCUGGACGGCGGCAGCUUCAGCGCCGAGUCCCCCAGGGAGGUGGUGCAAGCGAACUGUGUUCACUGGAGGAAGAAGUUCUCGUUUAUGUGCAAAAUGAGCGCCAGCGCGGCCACGGGCAUCCUGGAUCCCUGCAUCUACAGGGUGUCUGUGCGCAAGGAAUUAAAAGGUGGAAAAGCUUAUGCAAAGCUGGGCUUUGCAGAUCUAAACCUGGCAGAGUUUGCUGGAUCGGGAAAUACCACUCGCCGCUGUUUACUGGAAGGCUACAACACCAAAAACACAAGACAGGAUAACUCCAUCCUCAAAGUUUUCAUCAGUAUGCAGCUGAUGUCUGGUGACCCAUGUUUUAAAACGCCUCCUUCUACGUCCAUGUCAAUACCGAUCGCCGGGGAAUCCGAAUCUCUGGAAGAAGACAGAAAAGGAGGGGAAACUCUCAAAAUCCAUCUUGGAAUAGCAGAUCUCUCAGCAAAGAGCGCCUCGGUUCCGGACGAGCUCGGAGCCUGUGGACAUUCGAGAACGUCGAGCCACGCGAGCCAGCAGUCAAAAGUAUCAGGGUACAGCUCGUGCCACUCCCGGUCGUCCAGUCUCUCUGAGCUCUGCCACCGGAGAAACACCUCUGUGGGAAGCACAUCGACGGGCGUGGAAAGCAUUCUAGAGCCAAGCGAGGAAACUGAGCAGAAAGGGGCCGAGCCAAACCCCGAUGCAGCUGACAGAGAAGACUCGGCCUCAGAGACCCUCACCAGGUGCCCGGUGAAACAAGAUUCUGUAGAAUUUCAGCUGAAGCGAGUCGAUGACACCAGAGUGGACGCCGACGACAUUGUGGAGAAGAUACUGCAGAGCCAGGACUUCAGCCUGGACUCCAGUGCGGAAGAGGAAGGACUGCGGCUGUUCGUGGGCCCCGGAGGGAGGACGACCUUCGGCAGCCACCAUCCUCCCAGCCGAGUGGUGUCCGGAGCCUACGAGCAAGUUGUGAUCAAACGCUAGACGCCCGGCCGGCGAGCGGCGGCUGAGCCGGCAGGCGCUUUCCCGGGAGAAGGUGGAUCCGUGUGGAAAAGGCGGCGUGUCCGUGUGUCCCCGGGAAAGCCAGCGCACACAGGGGGACCAUCGGACGGGAGUGUCGGGGCCCUGCGUGUCAUGUGUGUGUCUGUGUGUGUGUGUGGAAGUCCACAGCGUCCGUGGUCACUGCCCGGGAUCAGGCAAAGACUGCUUCUUCUUUCAAACCCCCCUGGAGGGGACACGGCUCUGUGCACCCCGGUUUGGUUCAUGUUGAAGCAUAAAACCUGCAGUGAGGGCGCACAACAGAUUCUCAGUACUUCAUGUUAUGUUUGAAAGACAAUACAUGAUAAAGACACUAUACAUUCUGUCAAGAUAGUUGUAAUUCCUGCUAAGGGAAUCUUGCAUAUAUUAUACUACCUGGAGUAUUGUACUAAGUUUAACUCAUUUUGAUACAGUUGGUAUAAUUGGUAUUAAAAAAAAAAAAAGGUGUGGGUGUUCAUGCUUUGGGGAAAAGCUCUAUAUACUACAAUUGGAACCUUGCAGUAAAAUGCUUAGCGUAAGCGUAUCAGUCAUAGUCGAAUAACAAGUGUAUUUGAGUCUGAGCUCCAUGAAUGGGAGAAAUGCUCUUACUAGGCAGUGUGUGUUGUUACUUGUUAGUCUUAGAAGCUGCAGAACCCCCUAGCACUGUGUCAUGUCGUGUUCCAUGUCAGGCUGCCAUGCCCGCGCACACCCUCCCAGACGAGCUGUUUUAACGCUCUGAACAGUAUCUGUUGGUAGAGCAACUGGAGCAAAGUUGGGAUAUGAUGAGACACAGAGCAGCCUUCCUCUGUAAGUUCCCACUUCUCUGACAUGGAAAAUUAUUCCAAGGAGGGAGUGGGCAAGACAGAGACCUGUGGUCUUCUGUCUCAGCUUUCCCCCACAUCAGAUACUGUGCUCUCUUCUCACUGUAUCAGGAAUUGGUUGUUUUGAGGCACGAUUAAACUAGAACAUACAUCAAACAGAGCAUUGGAAGCAAGCAUAGCUGGCCUGGCCGGUGUGGUUCAGUGGUUGAGCGUCGACCUAUGAACCAGGAGGUCACGGCUCAAUUGCCCAUUAGGGCACAUGCCCAGGUUGAGGGCUCAAUCCCAGAGGCAGCCGAUCACUGAUUCGAAUCAUUGAUGUUUCUCUCUUUCCACUCCCUUCCUCUCUGAAAUCAAUACAAAUUAAAAAGUAAGAAUAUUUGGAGCUGGCUUUAGCUCAGCAGUUCCUUUGAGUCACUUGCCAACCACUCCUGCUGGCAAGGGUGGUUUGAGACCCAAGGAUGCCCUCCAGCCCUUUAAAUUAAAAAAUAAAAUAAAAUAAAAUAAAAAUAAAUAUCUGACCUGGAUCCAGGUUAACAGCAAAUAAACCUAUAGAGUUUUUUUCUGGUUUUAUGAGACCGUUUCUGUGUGGAAAGACCUUAACUUUCUUACUCUCACCCUAGAAUAUUUUUCCAUUGAUUUUUAGAAAGAAUUGGAGGGGGAGAGACAGAGAAACAUGGAUGUGAGAGAAAUAUCGAUUGGUUGCCUCUUGCACACACCCCGACUAUGGGAUUGAGCCUGCAACUAAGGUAUGUGCCCUUGACUGGAAUCGAACCGGAACCCUUCAGUCCGUGGGCUGAUGCUCUAUCCACUGGUCUAAACCGGCCAGGACUAGAUCUUAAUUUCCUUGGAAUCAUCCAGUCUGUUGAAAAAAAAUGUAGAUUCUAUAAAACCAGUAAUUUCCAUUCUUUACUUUUAAAACCAUGUCCAAGUAACAUGUUAGAAUUCCUUUGGUCUAUGUAUUUUCAUGUGAGCAAAAUAGGGGGUGUAUUUUUAAAAAAAUAUUUUAAUAUUCAAAUUGAGAGGUUAAAGAAACUUUAAAUAGUUCAUGUUAGGGCUUUUGUGUGGUUUUUAAUAUUUCAAGGAUUGGGUAUUCCAAGCAAACCCAAAACUACUUUAACAAAUAGAUUCUGAGAUUUUUAAAGCAAUGACACCCAGAUAGGUCUUUUUUCUGAGUCACUUACCUUUCUAAGAUUUGUUUUGAAGAAAAAGAAAAUUGGCCUGAAGAUGUAAGUUCAGCCAAGGAAAAUGUUACCUCGAGUGGUAAAGACUUGUUGUCUAUGAAGGAAACAAAUGAAGGACCUCCUUGUUGUAUAUUACAGAAAAGAAUCAAAGAAAGUUUUCAAUAGAAAUAUGAAGAUAUUCUUUAGAGAGAUAUUUAUUAUGACAUCUUAAAAACCUAUUUUUCUAUUUUCAAAAUAGUAUUCCUAAGCUAUAUUUUUGAUUGGCACUUCCGCAAAUGGCUUUGCGGUUGUGAAAUGCUCACAACUAGACCGCAGGCCAGGCUCCGUGAGGACAUGCCCCAGCUGUCGAAGGAGCUGCCAUUCGGACACCGGCCCUGUUACUCAUCCUUGCCUGCCCUUGUCCGAGACCUUUAUACGAGACGGACUCUUGGUAUGUGAAAACGACACCAAAUUCUUUUAUGAAAGCAAAAUGUGAAUUUUGAAGAGCAUAAAAAUCAUGCCUGUAUACAUUUAGCAGCCACCAGAGAACAUCUUGCUUUCUAUAUGAGUCAACAUAACGAGCAUCUGAAUCCAUGGAAACAUAGGAAGAAAAGAGACGGCAGUGUCCUUCGUAGCCAGUGAAGUCUACAUCCAUUUUAUUCUGUUUUGUGUCCCAUCAGCACACUUUGCAAUCACGUUUCAUUCCAGUCCCUAAAAAUAUGUCAGAGUUUGCCUACGUGGCUGCCUGACUUCCAAGUUCUUCUUUUCGUGGAGCCUGUAAAUCUGCUUAUUCAAUACUAACUACUUUUGGUUUCGUUUUGAGUUUGGAAAAUGGAAUUUGGGAAAGUAGAUCUUAAUACAUUGACUUCUAAAUAUUAGACUCAUACUUCAAGUCCCCUCAUCUUGGAGAAUUUGUACAUAUGUAACAUUUCCUAACCCUGUGCCAGAGAAAAAGAUGAAUGGGAUUUUAAAGUGACAUUUCUGAUAAGUGUCUUAAAUACCUUGUUUGGGGGAAUUACAGAAGAAGCAGGUCAGGAGCCCACUUCCUGUGACUUGUGCUGGUGACGGAGACCAGAGAGGAUGUGAAGGGCAGCCAAGGACAGAGAAGGCUUGAGCCAUCCGCUCCCCCUGUGCGGUGGCGUUGAAGGCACUGUACACAAGCACUUCAUGUGGACUCGUUUUUAUAAUCUGACAGCGUCUCUUU